AUGAACACUUUGGUAGUGUUAGUAGCUGUCAUCGCAUCAGUGGCUGCGGCCCCUCCUAAGGAAGCUGCCAAAGCUUUCACUUUCAGUGGAUUCCCAUCCAACCAAGCCUACUACCCAGGCCAACAAGGGUACUACCCAGGCUACCAAGGUUACCAGGGUUACCAAGGUUACCAAGGUUACAACUCCGGAUUCCGUAACGGAUACUACCCGGGACAACAAGGAUACUACCCAGGAUACCAAGGUUACCAGGGAUACUACCCAGGAUACCAAACUGGUUACCAAUCUGGUUACAACCCAGGAUACCAAGGUUACAACCGCGGUUACUACCCAGGUGCCCCAGCAGUCUACCCCGCCGUCAGUGCCGUCACCCCGGCUUCGAUCAUCGCACCCGUGCCAGUCGUGCCCAAGGUUGUUGCUCCAGUGUACAAAAACGUUGACAACAAAUUGCCAGCUAUCGUCAGACAAUCGCAAGAAGCUGACGUAAACGGAUUCAAAUACGGAUUCGAAACCGAGAACGGUAUCGUUGCCCAGGCUGCCGGAUACGUGAAGAACGCCGGAUCCGAAAACGCCGUCCAAGUGAUCGAAGGCUCUUACGCUUACGUCGGUGACGACGGUGCUCCAGUCGAAGUCAAGUACUACGCCGACGAGACCGGUUACCACGCAGUCGGAAACGUCGUCCCGACCAUCCCCUCAGAGAUCGCCAAGUCUUUGGAAUUGAUCGCCUCCCAACCACAGAAACCAGAAGACUCCAAAAAGAAGUAA